GGCUGCAGUGGCUCCGGCGGCGGCGUCGGCCAUGUGGCUCCCGGGUUGCGACGGGGGAGCGGCCGGUGGGCUCUGGCAGCUCCCGCUGCUGCUGCUGCGGCUGGGCGCUUUCUGCGAGCCGGCGGCCGGCCGGGAGACGCGGCUGCCCAGCGGUCAGACCGUCUGCCUGAGAGGCACGCAACGCCCUUGCUACAAAAUUGUUUACUUUCACGAAGUCGCCCGCAGGGUUGGCUUCCAGGAAGCCCUUCAAACCUGCCGAAGUGACGACGCAGACCUGGUCAGCAUCGAAUCCCAGUCCGAGCAAGUGUUGGUGGAGAAGAUGAUCCAGCGUUAUUCGGCCUCUGAUGGCGAUUUCUGGAUCGGCCUCCGGAGGGAAGAAGAACUCGAGAACGGCACCCAAUGUCCAUCUUUGUACACCUGGACCGAUGGGAGUUCGUCCACCUUUCGAAACUGGUACGCGGAUGAGCCCUCCUGCGGAAGCGAGUGGUGCGUGGUGAUGUAUCACCAGCCCUCGGCACCUGCCGGCGACGGGGGACGUUACCUGUUCCAGUGGAACGAUGACCGAUGCAACAUGAAAAACAACUUUAUUUGUAAAUAUUCGGAAGAAAAACCAACAGUUGUCUCUGAAUUGGCUGCUUCUCAAACAGGGUACAUAACAGGGUCUUCGCCAUUCACAACCCCAGAAACCCCCAUGCAAGAGGCUGUCGCGAACAAAACCCUCCAGGAAGUCAAAGAGCCUGCUUGGAGCCUUCUGUACAUCUUAAUUUCAAGCAUUCCCGCUUUGCUUCUGUUGAUCACCAUUGCCGUUUUUAUCUUUUGGGUUUACUCGAAGAGGAGACGGGAGCAGAGAGAGGAGAGCACGAAGGAGAAAGACCCUUGGUCAUCUACCAAAACGCAAAACAGCCCCAGUUUAGAGAUCUAUAAUGUGAUUAAAACCCAGGGAGAGGCCGAUCUUGCUGGAACGAGACCACAAACCCAAAACUCCUCUUUCCGUGUCCGUCUCGGAGGAGAAGACCUCUGUGGAGACUAUGACAAUACGGUGGUCAACAACUCAGAGAGUGGCUUCGUGACCUUGGCAAGCACCGAAAGCGGAUUUGUCACAAAUGACAUCUAUGAACUGUGCCAUGACCGAGUGGGGCAGAGCAAAGAGUCAGCUUGGGUAGAAAAUGAAAUUUACGGAUAUUAAGGAGAUGGUGGUGAGCAUCGGAUUCAAGAUGGGGAACGUUCCCAUUGAUACAAACUUUAGCACGCACAAAGACGUGGCUGUUGUAUUGCAGAGGGGUUUCCUUUCCCUCCCUGAAAGGGGCACAUGGAUCUAAACAAAUUGGUUGGUUGGUUGGUUGGUUGGUUGGCUGAUUGGUUGGUUGAUUGGUUGAUUCGUUAGUUGGUUGGUUGAUUGGUUAAUUGGUUGGUUGGUUGGUUGAUUGGUUGAUUCGUUAGUUGGUUGGUUGAUUGGUUAAUUGGUUGGUUGGUUGGUUGGUUGAUUGGUUAAUUGAUUGGUUGGUUGAUUGGUUAAUUGAUUGGUUGGUUGAUUGGUUAAUUGGUUGGUUGGUUGGUUGGAUGUCAUCAACUUGUUUUUAAUUCCUAGCAACCAUGUUUUCUCCAUGAAGAUCUAUCCCUAGUUUGGUCAUUCAGAUCUUCCACUGGUGAACCCAUCAUCUCUGUCAUUGAGUCCGUCGAGUUUGGUGCUGGUCAUCUUCUUUUUCCAUCCAUCUUUAAACAUGAAAGGAGAGAUCUUAUUGACCAGGUUGAAAUGGUCUUGGGAGAACUUGAUUCCCUUCCUUGUUACAGCCUCCUGAUCAUGUAGAACCUGACAACAUAUUUUGCAUUAUAAUAAGCACAUCAACUAAUCGCUGACAUCCAGAUGGAAUUGGUGAGAUAUGGCUAAAUAUAACACAGGUUUUGUUUAUCUCCACCUGGCUUUGAUCAGCUGCCAAGUUUCCAUCUUUACCUGUUUGGCGCUCCAAAAUUUUUUCCAGAAAGGAGGGGGUUUUUUCCCCCUGCUCUUCUAUUCUUCCACGUAGUAUAUUUUUUGCAGAAUGAUCUGAGGACAAAGGAAAGGACAUGGUCUAACUACAGUAUCUUCUGUAUUGAUAUAGACAUUUUUGUUUUGAUUCAGAAAUGGUGCAAGUGAUAAGAACUCCUUUGCAGUUAUGGGCAGACCAGAGAUGGGUUUCAGCAGCUUCUAACCAGUUCUGCAGAACCGGUAGCGGAAAUUUUGAGUAGUUCGGAGAACCGGUAGUAAACAUUCUGACUGGCCCCGCCCCCAUCUAUUCGCUGCCUCCUGAGUCCCAUCUGAUCGGGAGGAAAUGGGGAUUUUGCAGUAACCUUCCCCUGGAGUGGGGUGGGAAUGGAGAUUUUAUAGUAUUCUUCCUCUGUCACGCCCACCAUGGCAUGCCCACCAAGCCACACCCACAGAACCGGUAGUAAAAAAAAUUUGAAUCCCACCACUGGGGCAGACUUGUUUCUUGGAAGCAGAAUAGAAAUGGGGUGAACUCGGUGUUAGUUUAAAAAAGAAAAAAAAGUUGCCAAAGAUUAUUUCCUUCAUAUAUCUGUCCCGGGUGAGAUUGGCAAACUUGGGGAAACAAGUAACGUCCCUGUGGUUCUAAGCAAGAAACAGUUUCUAAUUCUGAAAUCGUGUCAAAAUUUGCCUUGUUGAAAGAUAAUCUACUGUUCUUAGAAAAAAUUAAGAGCAAAUAAGCAAUGUAUUAUUUGAGAUCAUACGCAAGUUUUGAUAUCCUUAUACCUGGGCUAUUCAACUCAAAAUAUCAACUCCUUCUGUGGCUGACCCCGUGGAGAAGCAGCAAGAUAACACAGAGAAAUAUUUUCUGGUGCCUUCCUUUGUUAUUUGAUGUGUGACAGAUGAAAGGGGGGGGGACUUUUAAAAAAAUAAUUAGCAAGCCGGUGUAAUGUUCUGUGCAUGUGUUACUCUACGACACUUCAAAAGCUUUUGAUAUGUGCAUGUGACGUCAUCUUACAUCGUCAUGUACCGAGAGGUUUCAUUCUGGUGUUGAACGCAUGAAGCCUGUGGCCACGGCAGUUGAAUUGCUGUGAUGCUGUAGAAUGUUUGUGAGAACCUCUGAAGGACCAAAAGUCUACCUUGAUUAGAACUUUUCCUUGUGCUUUCCCUUCUAAGUGGAAACAGCAAAGCUAAACUUUUGGGAGAAGGUCCCCAAAGAUUGAAGAGAAGAGGAGAAAACUCCCAAGAAAUAACAAUGGCCCGUGGAAACUUCUGAUGGGACGUUGAUGCCCAGUGAGAUUUGGAUCACUCAAGGGUUAUGCAAUGUUGUGGGAUGAAAAAGACACACCAAGGAAAAACAUGGGAAAGGUGGUUUUGAAGAUUAGUUACUAUUACUACACAUGGUUGGACAUGAUCUCCUGAUACCACAUAACUGGCAAAUGUGUAAUUGUUCCUCUUGGCUUUCUCUGCUACACACAAGCCAAGCAGUGUCCCAUGUUAUGACUCUCAGUCAUGAGAAUCGCCAAAGAAUGACUACAUCAGGCCAAAUGAGGUGAGGCACAGCUUGUGGUUGCUUAAUGCCUGGGGCAUGUCGGGUGGGAUCGGAAGAACCUUACUCAUAGUCUCAUGUCAGAACCAUCAGACACCCGAGCAUCCGUGGCUAGAAAAAGCCACUGGCGAUUGCACUGUUUUCAUUUCAAUCCGGGUGUUUUUCCUGCAUUUCGGUAUGGCCUUAACUGCCAUGUUUCUCUUAUGCAUGUCUGAAUGAAAUGUUGGGAUCUCUCGAGCAAAAAAAAUAAAAUAAACGUGUUUGGUUGCAGAGCAACAACAGAUUAA